AUGGUUGGUCAGAGGUUUAAGGUUGGUGAGCGUGUCAUUGUUGGCAAAGAUCGAGGGACAAUUCGUUAUAUUGGAAAAAUUAAUGGAUAUGAAAGUGAUUGGAUUGGCAUCGAUUGGGAUGAUGAAGAACGCGGCAAAAAUAAUGGAAUGGUUAAUGGUCAAUUUUAUUUUAACGCUAGAAGCAACCGUAGCGGAUCGUUUGUAAGGCCAUCCGUUGUUAUUAAAGGGAAAACUGUUGUUGAGGAAAUGAAAAAGAGAUAUGCUGAAAAUUUAUUACUGGAUGAAUACGAAUUUGGUGAAAAAAAAAUCGAAUAUAUUGAUAUGGAAAGAGUUUAUAAGAAACAAAGGGAUAUCUGGCGAUUGAAAUGUGUUGUUCUGGAUAACAUGUGUGUGGCAUUUCCGCCAAUAAAUGAUUGUUUGCCUUUCAAAUAUUGCACUGAACUGAAUUUAUAUAAUAAUCUUAUUUCGCAGUGGAGCGAUCUUCUUAAAAUUCUCGAAUUCUUUCCAUCGCUUUUAUACCUCAACUUGAGGAGAAAUAUUAUGGAACCGUUACCAGCCUCUGUUGAUGUUGUAGUUAAAGCUCCUAUAUUCCAUAUUGUGCUUAGUGAUUGCCGUAUUGAUCUAAAUACCGCCAAUAUUUUAAAUCAAAUAUUUCCAUUUUUGCAAGAAUUAUAUCUUUCUCGAAAUGGCCUACAUCAUUUCCAUCCAUAUAACGGUGGUAAUUUAACAAUGGUCGAUUUGGAAGCAAAUCCUAUUUGCGAUUUUUCGCAUCUUCAUAAUCUUGCAAAACUGCCGAGACUUGGUUCAUUGAAUUUAACGAACUGUGGAUUUCAAACAUUAUAUUUACCGACAUCAAUUGGGUUUCCUUCUCUUAAAACACUGAAUAUCCGUGAUAAUGAAAUGGUUGGGUGGUCGUGGGUAGCUGAAUUAGCAAAACUUCCUGCUUUAACAGAAUUGUUUUAUAAUGCUCAUAAAGAAGACUAUGCAGAUCUUGAUCUACGCGAAAUACUUAUUGCUAAAUUACCACGUUUAAUGAUACUUAAUCGAUGUGAUAUUAGUGAAGUAGAGCGACGUUCAUCGGAAAUCCGUUUUUUAAAUAAAUUUGGAGUAUUGCCAAUAACAGAUGAGCACGAACAUGAUAUAGAAAGGCUUAAGGCAAUACAUGGCGAGCCAGUGUAUUCUGAUGCUCUUAUGAAUAUGGGUAUUCGGCUCGUGAAACUUAAACUGCAUUAUGGAAAUUCGGAAGUUGAAAAAACACUCCCUGCAAAUAUUGUAGUGUCGGUUUGGGCCAUAUGUGGUGAAAAUAAUACAAAGAUUGAGCUGGAUAAUCCACUGCGAUCUCUAGAGUUUUACUCGAUAUCUGAUGGUGAUAUUAUAUGUUUUCUGUCUGCAGUGUAA